CUUUGUUUCUUAUUCCUAAUUCAUAGCAAUAAAACGCCUUUUUUUUUUUUUUUUUUUUUUUUUUGCUUAACAGUUGAGUAAAUCGUAUAAGCCAUCGGCCGACUAUCAGACGUUCCAGUCGAAUCAUUUUAUUCCAACAAGCACAUUCUUUGAUCAACAAACUUAAGAAGGCUGCAGUUAAUGCCGUUAGCGCUCACACCGCUUUGAGUUCCAGCAGUUACAGAUCAGGUACGAGUUAGAGAUAAAAGUUCUUAGUCGGUACCCGACUCAACCUAGAUUCACCCAUCUAGACACGUCCAACUAGGUCCGACUAGGUCUCAAAUACUUUCCGUAUACAUUUCCGCCACCUGUCCACCCGUCCACCCGGCUCCAGGGGUUCAAGGUUCACCCGUCGAUUCUCAGCCAUGGCUUCUGCCACGACGGAUGCCUCAGGGCCCGUUGCCGCCUCGGCGUUUCCUGAUGGCACCAAGGACUACAAACCGUUGCGGUCGUCUAAGUAUGACUUGAAGAAACCGCACAUUUCCGAGCUCCCUUUGACCUGGAGCAACUGGUACAAGCACGUCAACUGGCUUAACACUACCUUCAUCCUAUUCAUUCCCUUAGCUGGGUUGAUCAGCACAUACUGGAUUGAUCUCCAGUUGAAGACGGCUCUCUUCGCCAUCUUCUACUAUUUCAAUGCCGGCCUCGGUAUCACAGCUGGAUAUCACCGACUUUGGGCUCACAGUUCGUUCAGGGCUUCGCUCCUUAUCAAGAUUUACCUGGCUGCUAUGGGAGCUGCCGCUGUACAAGGUUCUAUUAGGUGGUGGUCAAGGGGUCACCGUGCUCACCACCGUUAUACGGAUACCGAGAAGGAUCCUUACUCCGUCCGCAAAGGCCUCCUAUACUCUCACAUCGGCUGGAUGGUCAUGAAGCAGAACCCUAAGCGAAUUGGCCGAACCGAUAUCUCCGACCUGAAUGACGACCCGGUUGUCGUCUGGCAGCACAAGCAUUACAUCAAGUCUGUCAUCACAAUGUCUCUCGUUCUCCCGACUAUGGUCUGUGGUCUUGGUUGGGGUGACUGGUGGGGUGGAUUCAUCUACGCUGGUAUCAUCCGAAUCUUUUUCAUCCAGCAGGCUACUUUCUGUGUCAACUCUCUCGCCCAUUGGCUCGGUGACCAGCCUUUCGAUGACCGCAACUCUCCUCGUGACCAUGUCAUCACCGCGCUUGUCACACUUGGAGAGGGAUACCACAACUUCCACCACGAGUUCCCGUCUGACUACCGCAACGCUAUUGAGUGGUGGCAGUAUGAUCCGACCAAGUGGAGCAUCUGGGCUUGGAAGAAGCUGGGCCUUGCCUACAACCUGAAGACAUUCCGCCAGAACGAAAUCGAGAAGGGUCGUCUCCAACAGAUGCAGAAGAAGCUCGACCAGAAGCGAUCGAGGUUGGACUGGGGUGUUCCUCUAGAGCAGCUACCUGUUAUAGACUGGGAUGACUACGUUAGCGAGUCCAAGAACGGCAAGGCUCUGGUCGCCGUUGCUGGUGUUAUCCACGACGUCACCGAUUUCAUCAAGGACCACCCUGGUGGCAAGGCUCUUAUCUCAUCUGCCAUUGGAAAGGACGCCACUGCUAUCUUCAACGGUGGUGUCUAUGACCAUUCGAAUGCUGCCCAUAACCUUCUGUCCACUAUGCGUGUCGGUGUUCUUCGAGGAGGCUGUGAAGUCGAGAUCUGGAAGAAGGCACACAUGGAGAAGGAAGGUGCCUUCGUUACCGACUCAUCUGGCCGACGAAUUGUCCGUGCCGGUGACCAAGUCACGAGAAUCUCUCAGCCUCUUGCCGGUGCUAAUGCGGCUUAAACGGUUAAUAGAGUUGAAGAUAGGUUCGGGUCGUUUCGAACUGGGAAGGCUGUAAUACUGGAGAUGAUAAUGAAAUAUUGCAAGUGCCGCUUUUCCUGGUAGUCGAAGGAUGACAACCUUGGUUAAAAAUUUAUGUACAUAAAAAGGCUAUGCGGUAUAAGCAUGUUGAGGCAACUCGUCCUCCGGCGUUUAGAGGAAAUCGGUGAAAAGGGGCUCACUACUAUGCAAUUCGGUGGGCGUUGGCGCAUCACUUACGACAGACUGAAUGAUUACAAGUUUGGACUGAUAUGAGAAAAAGACCUCUAGCAUAAAUCAAACAUGACGUAUUGAUUUAGACUUGAAAU